UAAAACUGCUCAAUUAAUCUCAUUCCUUCUGUUUGUUUUUCUUAAGCAUGAAUAUAAUACUCAGGGCUGUCUCGGUAGUUGCAACGACAGCUACAGUAGUGAGUGCUUUCUUGACGUACAAAUCAAUAAUAGAGCAUAUUGCACUGGAGGAGCAGUACGGGAUAUUGAGAGACACAGCUGCAAAGAUGUAUGAAACUUCAAAAUACCCAGCCACCAUUUUGGUCUUCGGAUUUGAGAACCAUGGCAGGAGUUCAUUCGUCAACACAGUUUUCAGAGUUUUGUUUAAAGAAAAUGGGCCGUUGGUCAUGAGAGCAGAGACUGGACCCUGCAAAAGGACGACAACUACAACGAGAAUUUUCAGGCUGAAGAAUCAGCUCUCAACGUACCCCAAAUAUCUGGUAAAUCUGAUCGAAACGCCCACCUUCUGGGAGUAUGAUGUUUUGGAUGAGCAGAAAUUGAGAAAAAAUUUGAGGGGGGAAAAUGCAGCGGCUUUAAUGCAAAUGGGUGUUCCUCCUCCAGAAUGUGUGGUGAUCGUUAUUAGGGCAGAUGCUUCUUGCGUUGGAGGAUCUGCUUCAGAAAGUCUUCCAGAUCUAGCCAAAAUUAUACGCGAAGAAGGACUCCAAUUUGUUGUAGUAUUGACACACAAGAAAGAGGCAAAGACUACAAUGGAUCUGCAGGAGCUAAUGAAACAAGUUGCUCAGAUGGUGGGCACAGAUUGUGUUCAAUGCAUAGACAAUUAUAUUGCAGAACAUUCUAGUGAGGGACAGAAUGUGGUAAAUGUGAAUAAUAAUUUCAGCACACACAUUCAGACGCUGAGCAUUAUGAAACAGUGCUUUGAGUAUGUGAAGCAGCGACGUCAGUUAAAUAAAAAGAGGAGCAUGGGCACGCAGAAGAGUGAAAGCUUAACCAGCUCAGAGGAUUUUCAAUCUUGCAUCUACCAUUCUGAUGUUGAAUAAUAGUUAAAAGUAUAUUUUCUCAAAAAUGCUUUACAAUUGAAUUCUAAUGUCAUUUUCUAUUUACUUUU